UUAUUCGCACCGACCGUAGACGCGUGGCGCGAGCGGCGAGCUGCCAGUUGAUUGCAAACCGCCGCGUCGGGUGCACGUCUCCUCACAUUCCAUUUUCGAAGUUAACUUUUCGCAAGUUCAAGAUGACGUUCCGUUGCUUGCUGGUGAUGUUGGCACUAGCCGGGGCCACGUCCGCCGGUCCUGAGGUCACCGAACUGAAGGUCGACGUCGUCAGCGUUCCUGAAGGCUGUACCACUAAGUCGAAGAAUGGUGACAUGCUUACCAUGCACUAUACGGGCAAGCUUGACAACGGAAACAAGUUCGAUUCCAGCUUCGACCGCGAUCAACCCUUCACAUUCCAGAUAGGCGUGGGCCAGGUGAUCAAGGGCUGGGACCAAGGUCUGCUUGACAUGUGUGUCGGUGAGAAGCGGAAGCUCACGAUCCCAGCAUCGCUCGGCUACGGCGAGCGCGGCGCCGGCAACGUCAUCCCUCCCCAAGCCACCCUCCACUUCGAGGUGGAACUCCUCAGCAUCGGCGACUCGCCGCCAACCACCAACGUGUUCAAGGAGAUCGAUGCCGACAAAGACAACAUGCUGUCGCGCGAAGAAGUGAGUAUAGAGCUAGCGUUCCGCGCCAUGGACGCCGACCAGGACGGCGAGCUGUCGCGCGAAGAGGUGAGCGACUACUUGAAGAAGCAGAUGGUCCCCGAGGAAGGUGGGGAAGUCAGCGAGGACAUCAAACAGAUGCUCGAGGGCCACGACAAACUGGUAGAGGAGAUCUUCCAACACGAGGACAAGGAUAGGAACGGCUUCAUCAGCCACGAGGAGUUCUCUGGCCCCAAACACGACGAGCUCUAAAACUCCAAUAAAUAUAAUACAAAUCGUAAAUAUGCCUGUCAGCCCGUUCUCAUUAUAUACUUGACAAAAACCCCAAGCGUUUCGCUGCUGAGGCAUAUCUACGGUUAAAAUCUUUACCUAAUAAUAUAUAAGUGAGUAAUUGUUAAGGCCAUACUAGUGCAGAUCAUGAUUAAUACAUAAUAAUAUCAUUAUAACCGAUAAUUUAUUCUGAAGGUUAUCUGAUCUUUGUACACCUCAUUCAACGCAUUACAACAUUUCAUUAGUCUCUGAGAGGUUAGGCACUAUAAAAUCUUCUUUAACGUGCAUAUAUUUAAUUAAAUCCAGAAUGUUAUCUAUAAUAAAAACUGUUUUAAUUUGUUACUUCAAGACGUAAAUAUUUUGUUAUUAUAGCUAUAAAGUUGCUCGCUCUAUGUUCUACAGGUAUCAAGCUUAGCUGAGGAGGUUAUACAAUCUUUGUCGGUCAAUGUAUUCCGGGAAACAAUAUUUACAAGAAACAAAUGAUACAAUGCAUGCAAAUACUAGUCACUAGUGUGGUCUUAUAUGCAUCCGCUCGAAGCUCAAAUGGUAACCAAAAACGUACACUUAACAUUACAAUCAUCACCGUAGACGUCAAUAGAACCUUGUAUCUAAUAAAAAAAAUAUUGUAGACUUUGUAUGAGGUCAAGAAACAUAGAAAACAAUCUUGGGAACCUUUAAUCUAUAUAAGAGUAUCUAUUACACUGUCAUAGUAAUAACUGGCGAUCAUGGUAAAGAACUUGUAUGACAUCACAGCUGAGGCGCAGCUGAUAAAUGAGUAUUGCAUCGUAAUUGGCUUCAGGCAUUUUUCUUUUUAAUAACGUGGUAAAAUUGAAAAGGGAAUAAAUGAGAGUAACUGCGUUUAUGUUAUAUUAUAUAUAUAGACCGUAUGACAAGAUUAACCAACUGAUAGGAAUACUAUCUCUACUAACUCCUUUCCUUUAUCUCAUAUAUGUAAGGGUUGGAAAAAUAUGUCUAUCUUUUGUUUAGACAUAUUUUUAAUGGUUUUGGCUAGUGAUUUUAUGACCGGCCGCCUGCCCGACGUCAUCCCUUCUUGGGAAUUCUAAUAGGAAUACUAUCUAUUGAAAGUAAUAUACUUUGGUGGCAAUUCCUAUUUUGGUCUGGUACAAAAUUGCUAUUUUUGUAUUUUCAUCCAGUAAACUGGCAGAAAUUUAUUAAAAAAGAAUUACAUUUGUUAAGAAUAUCCCAAAGAAUAUAAUGUUAUGGAUUUCAUGAAGUCAAGGAUGCGACUGAUCGUAGAUAUUCAAGAUAAUAUUAUGAUGGUGUGGUUAGCUCACUCAAGGUGCUUUUACAUCUCAUCAGAAAGUCGAUAUUCGAAAUAUCAAAAUGAUCCUACGUACUUUCUGCUAACCCAAUAGAUUACGAAGAGAAAGUUUCCCCAACGUUUCUAACAUCGCAGCUCAUCGACAUAUAAUCACUCGUCACACAACUUCUUUGUGAUACCACAAGCACUCAUAAUUGACAGAAAUAAACUAAUUUGGAUUGCUGUGAUAACACAAAUAUAUAUUAAAACAUUACAGAGCGGAAAGCGCGAGAUAACGUUCUCUGUUCAAUACAUAUCAAUGGUAAGACCGACAUGGCUGACAAACCGUAUCGCCGAUUAAUGUACAAUUUUUUAUGAUGUCAAAUCUAAAAAGAAACUUACAGCUUAGACAUAGACCCCCACCAAAAAGGUGGAGGUUCUGUGUAGGAAAUUGAUUAAGAAUAGACUCGUCUCACUUUGUUCUCUCAUCACCACACAAAAACCCACUAAUUGGUAUGUACUCGUAUAUAGACUGCCUAUUGAUUGCCUAUCAGUACAUCAGCUCCCCUAGCCAAGAGACCAUAGAUGAUACAUUAUAUAUUGAGAUAGAUACGCAACUCUCAUUUCGGUUAAAAAAGUUAUGUACCGUGAUCACUAGAUGGCGCAUUCUAAUUAGAUUUAUUGGCUACCCAUAGAUGGCGUUCUCUCUACGAGUACAAUCUAUAUUUUAGUUGUAUGAUGACUAUUGCUGUUUGUUUUCCUUAAUUCUUAUAAAAGAAUUAUUAAUGAAAAAAAAUUAACAUAAACAUAAUAUUUACAAAAUCACCUAUUUCACUAUAUAAUACUAAUGUACCCAAAUAUUUACAAUAGCCAAAUUUUAUAAAUACAUAUAUAUAGAAAUAAGGAAAACAAAUUGCAAUAAUCCUUCAAAUAUUCAAGGAUUUUUAAUCAAAGAAAGAAAAGAAGAUUCUUAUUAUUCAACGAUUUAUUUUUUCUUUUGUGAUUAUGAAAAUAUCUUAAUGCACUUCAGCAGCCUGAUAACAUUAGUGCACCAACUAUGAAUAUUGACGUUUAUGAUUAUAAAUAACCACUGAUCACCUUUAAGAAUUCGUAAAAUUGCUGGCGACAUUUUCGCCACGCCGUUUCGCGACACACCGGGCCGCCUUCUGAGCAUAAUUCCGAUGGUGGUCGAGCAUGUUCCAUGGUUAAUUAUUCACUAUGCACACCAAAUCCACAAGUAAUACCCAUUAUAAACACUUAUUUGUACCGAUUACAUCUUAUUUUAAUAUUUUUCGUUCACCACUGUCACCAUGCUUUAAAUUAAACUCUGAUCCCGAUUGUGUGCUGACUUUUUAUUGUCAUAACAUAAACAUCACUAUAGCAACAACAGAAAAAAUUCAAAGACAGCUAAACUGUCAUAUUUGAAACUAUAUUUUUUUAAACUUUCAUAGACUGAACAGGAGUGAUUUUAAUCAAAUAAUGUGCUUCAUGCGUGCCAUCUAUAUUGUGCCUGAGAAAACUUCGCUUAAGUUUUUGUACCGUGAGCGCUGGAAGACAGCACUUCAUACAAAAUAUUUUACGUAAGCGAACUGUGCGGAAGUUUCACCCCCAUGCAAGAGACAAUGUCGAUUCACGUCGGUCACGUGAUCAAGAUCUGUCAUUCCCAUAAUUUUUUCUAGUUUUCGAAGCGUUUGCGAUCGUAGACAGAGAAUCGACGUGCUACUUGGCUACAUGGGCUGCUCAGCUUACUGCAUCUAACUCUAAUCCGAGACAAUUAAAUAGAAAACUCGUUACGUACGUAUUGGCAGACGUUACUUACUUGUGACGUCUACGAGUACGUGUUCUUGUUCCUACGUUCGUACGUUGUACGUAUGUUAUUGUACGUACCUUCGUUUGUACGCAGUGCAUGUUCACAGUUAGAUUGCGUAUUGGUAAACUGGAAUUCGGAAAAUGAAAAAUCCAUAAAUUAGGUAGUUAGGUACGUCACACGAUUUCUUUGAUUUUUGACAAGGAGACGAGGGUCAUUUAUGUGACAAUUUUGCAUCCACUAAACAAUACGUCAGAGAUUUCCCGGGUUCGGUUGCAUUUCAAGGAAAUGUAGUGUAAGAGUCUCAAGUGUCCAAGCUACCUUAAACCGAGCAUGAGCGUUCAUCUUUCAGUUGAGAUUAUGUGGUGCGUAAAGUAUGUGUGCAUUUGCUGUAGAGUGGAAAGCAAGUAGUUUUAAUAUGUAGGGUAGUUAUUGUUUGUUGUAUGUUGAAGAGGAUUUUAUUCGUAGAUGUGCCGAUUACACUGUCAUGUAUGGGUUUUAGUUUUACGGUUGAACUCAUCUGUAAACGCUACUGUAUUGUGGUCAAAAUACAUUGGAUACUUUAUAGUAUGUAACUCCUCCAAACACCAUACAUUUAGAAAUAAUUGCAAAGAGUCUAAAGGCCGUGACAUUCAAAAUCAUCGACCAAUUAAUGGUUGAAUACAGGCAUUGUAUAAAAAAUGAGGAUCUGUAGCUUAAGCCCACAAUGCUACCCAGUGGGUUUCGUGAUUAUUUUAAAUUUGGAACAUCUACGUUUGAAUUCCCAUUCGGUUAAGAUUCAAUAUUGUAAUAUUUAUAUAUUUUUUUGUAUAGACCACGUUUCGGCGAUUUUGGAAUUGUUUUUCGUUCUUUUUUUAUUAUGUAACUUGUUAUAAUAAUAUAUCUUACAAUUUAAAUACAUUUUUGUAUAUUGAGGACAUGAUAAUAAUUAAUAUUAUAAUGAUUGUUUGUAUGUAUAGUUUAAGAAUAAAAUGUAUGUUUUCUUUUA